GCUGGUUCCGUUUCCGCUUCCUCUGUCCUUGUUGCCGGCCGGAGGGGACAGGACCAAGCGCCGCGAUGUGGCGAAACCUGCUGAGUCUUCGCCAGCUGUCCCAGAGGACCAUCAGCACUGCCUCUCGCAGGCAGAUUGAAAACAGAGUUGCUGAGAAGCAGAAGCUUUUUCAGGAGGACAACGGCAUCCCUGUGCACCUCAAAGGCGGAGCGAUGGACGGCGUCCUGUACCGGCUCACCGCCGGCAUCUCGCUCUUCGGAGCAGCCUAUGUUCUUUACAAGCUGGCAGAAAUUUCCAUGCCUAAGAAGCAGAACUGAUUCCAGCUGAGGAUGCCUCAGUGGCUCACAUCUCUUCGUCCAGUUCCAAGUGGCUCCUUCUACCUGUUGCAAGCAGCUGGCUUCAUGCUUGGAAUCAUAAUUUAAUUGUCACAUGUUAACUGCAACCAAUAAAGCAGUUCCUAACCUUG